UGCCAGGAUUUUAGGGUUCUUGGUAGCUAGGAAAUGGAUCCCGCCCCGGCAGCGGCUCCUCCAGCCACUGGCGACAAGGGCAGCGAUGGCGAGGAGGAGAAUCCAGCUGCAGCUGAUGGCGAUGACGAGAGCAGCACAAUCCUCCAGCUCUCGCUGCAUCCGCAGCCCUUCAGUCAGCGGCGGAGGAUCAAGUUCCCGGAUUUCAAAUCUUUCAGCAGUGCCGCCGCUUGGUGUGGGAAAACGAACAUAAUCGCCUGCGCCACGGAGACUUGUGCGAGAGAUCCAGGUUCUCGGCAGAAGCCUACGUUCUGGAUCCCAGUCCAUGUCGUCGAUCCUGAGAGGCCCACGGAGCACGCGAUCUUCAACGUGGUUGCUGACACUCCUUGUGAUUCCAUCGCCUUCAUCGAGUGGUCUCCUCCCAGCUGCGAGCGGGCGCUUUUAGUGGUGAAUUCUCGUGGAAAAGUGACUAUCUGGACUCAACCAUCCAAAGGCCCCUUGAAUGUGGCACGGGCAUUUAAUUGCUGGAAUUGUGAGCACGAAUGGAGGCAAGAUCAAGCAGUUGUCACGAAAUGGAUCACUCCACAGUAUUCGUACCAAUGGACGGAUGCCGGUUCUGGAACUUCACCACUGUUUGAGGAAAGAUUCCUAGCACGUCAAGCUACAAUCUCUGCUAAAUGGCCGAAUUUUCUUUGUGCUUGCAUCGUUUUAUCGUCGGGUGUGGUGCAACUCCGAUGGCGGCAGUCGCCUCUCAAAGACUCCUCUACGCCAGUUUGGUACUCGUCAAGCAGAGGUGUUUUAGGAGCUGGGCCGAGUGGAAUCUAUGCUGCAGAUGUUCUCGUCAACGACGCUGGCUCCUUGAUAGUUGCAGGAGUGCCUAUCGGCAAUCCUUCUACAAUUGUCAUCUGGGAGAUCACUCCAGGCGUAUUUAAUGGUCAGCAGCUGAUGAAGCUUGGUGCGUCGCCUCUACCAUUUACUGCUCCUUCAUGGCCGGGGAUGGCAUCGUUGGCAGCGUAUCUUCUCAGUUGGCAGGAGCUUCGCGAGAAGGACCUUCCUGACAAGGAAGGUCCUUUUCUGCAGUGCUCGCCAAUUUCAAACUUCUCAGCCUACGUGAGUCCGGAGGCGUCCACUGGAUCGAAUGUAGCAGCUUGGGGAACCGGAGUGGCAGCAGUGGCAUUCGAUCCGGAAAAGCAAGGGACGGCGCUUCUUGUUGUGAUAGUUGAAGGACAAUAUAUGUCUCCAAAACAUCCUGAUGGAGGGCCUUCUAUGACCGGAUGGAAGUUUCAAAGGUGGGAAAGUUCACGGCAACAAGUGGCCAUACACUCUGUUUUUGAAGCAGGAGCUGCGAAUUACGGUGCUAUGUCGCAUCCUAUGGCUACAACAUGGAAAACAGUCGUGAACAAGAGCUUUCCUCAGACAAAGCUGGCCAUGUCGUAUAAUAAACGAGAGCGGGACGCUUCGAGCAGCAUGGAUACAGGUGACGCUGCGGCCGAGGAACAGGAAACAGAGCCUUUACCCGUCGUCAAGUGUAUCGCAAAAGUUCGCUUCAGCGGUCACGGGGGAGAAGUUGCGGUGGCACUCUUAGGUGGCGAAGUUCACUUGUUCUCUGGCCCUGGGCUGCUUCCGGUCGAGAACUUCUGCGUCCAAGUCGGGCUUUUGGUUGCAUCUCCAGCUCUAUCUGCUUCCGGUUGCUGCCUCUCAUGUGCCUGGCAUGACACAGACUCCGACACCAGCUUCUUGAAGAUUGUUCGUGUUCGAUCCCUUUCAUCAUCUGGGCCUACAACUGCGCCCCUGGAACGCCAGAUAGCCGACAGAUUUUGGUGGAGCUUGGUAACUCAACUUGAUUGGUGGGACGCUAUUGCGUACUCUCAAAGCGCUGCUGACGAAGGCCUAGUUUCUCUAGGGGCAAUUGCAGCGGUUCUAGAUUCAGAUUUUCAUUCUUUGCCAAAUGCAGGUCAUCGUCAGCAUUACGGACCUGCUCUGGAUCGCAUUAAGUGUAGGAUGUUAGAAGGGGCAGAUGCUGCUGAAGUAAGAGCACUUGUCCUUGAUAUGCAGGCCAGACUUUUAUUGGAAGUCCUAGGCAAAGGCAUAGAAGCAGCACUCGUUAAUCCUUCGACGCUUAUUCUCGACCCUUGGCAAGCACCCAGCGAAACUCUGACAGGUCUUGGCGGUGAAGCCAUGCUUGUUGAUCCAGCUCUCGUUCAUCAAAUUCAGUCUUACGUCGACGUGGUUUUGGAUCUAGCGUCUCACUUUUUGACCCGAUUGCGGAGAUACGCAAGCUUUUGCCGAACUCUUGCUGCUGUCAAAGCACCAAGCUCAAACGGUCCUCCCGCAGGAUCUCAGCCUCCAGCGCCAGCAUCAGCAGCACCAGCACCAGUAGCACCAACACCAGCACCAGUUCCGACACCAGCAGCACCUCCAGCACCAACAACGACAACACCACCACCGCUGCCGCCACCAGGAAACCAACCUGGUGGCGCCAGCAGCAAUGGUGGAAACGCUCAAGUCCACGCUUGGAUACAAGGUGCCGUGGCGAAGAUGAGCAACACUGAUACCGCCACAGUUGCUCCUGCGGCGCCACCUCUAAGCAUGAGCACAUCGACGUUUCCUGGCAUCCCUGCGGUUCGUCUCAUCGGAGACUGCUAUUUCCUGCACAAGCUCUGUCAGCUCCUCCUCUUUUGCCUGGUCUUUCGCAAGAGACAACUCCCACGGUACAUGGGAAAGUCGGAAGUAGCGCCCGUCAAAGCAGAAGAGUCCGCCAACAAUGGACCUCGUCUAAUGCCUACUGUAAAAACUGAGGACGGCCAAGUUGCAAAAGCUGCUUUGGUUCAGCCGUCCAAGGAGGAGCCAGUUCAUACACGUCCUUUAAGACUGGGAAGUGGAAAUGCUGGUCAAGGCUAUACAGCCGACGAGGUGAAAUAUUUAUUUCUCGUGUUGUUAGAUCUAUGCAAGAGAACAGCGCCGCUUGCUCAUCCGUUCCCAAAGUUCCCCGCUGGAGCGAGCAACCCGAGCUUUAGACUACAUUACAUUGAUGGACAGUUCUCGGUGGUCCCCGAGAUUGUCGAAGCUUCUCUUGGCCCACACAUGCAGAAUUUGCCUCGUCCUCGUGGAGCCGAUGCUGCGGGACUCCUCAUGCGUGAGCUGGAGCUCCAUCCGCCCGCGGAAGAAUGGAACAAGAGAAUCAUGUCCGGUGGACCUUGGUCCGAGAGACUGGAAAGCCUGGACAAGCACGAAAGGCCCAUGGAUUUGUGGCCUCGAAAGCGGAGGUUUGCCGAGCGAGACGCUGCUUGCGGUGUGGAAACCGCGGUUGGCUUGGGAAGCUACACAGGUUUCAUGGGCUCCAGGCGGGACGUGAUAACUUCGUCGUGGAAGUCCGUCCUACACGCAGUCUGGCACAAGUGCAUGAGGUGUGGACGGCAAACUGCAUCUCUUGUCCCGUGGUCCCCGAAUUCACAGGCCAGUGCUGUGCCUUCAAAUUCUCGUGAGGCAUGGUGGACUGGAAGAUGGGCGUAUUCGUGUCCGAUGUGUGGUGGUCACUGGGUUCGAGUGGUAUGACACAGGUACACACUACACCUUUUAUUUUUCCCACUAUGGAUCGCCCCAGCUUCUCUUCUUUUAGCAGGAUCGAUCUAUCCCAUGACCACGGGGCGAGGUCUAAACCAAGAACUCCCCAGGAACAAUCCGUGGUCCUCCCCAAUCCGGAAGAUGGCUUGUGCUGGAUGCUCCUGGGGAGCCCAUCUUCUGCGAACUUGUAGGGGCAAUCUGAGGAGCUGUAAAGUAGCGACAACUUCUCCGUGAUCCAUGGGAUGAAUUGCAGUGCCAGGAUUGCUCAUAGACUAAAACUUUUGCAGUCAACCUGGCUGAGGAGGUUGUACGGCACCGUUGACUGCAACAUCUAGGCGGCAAAGUUGCUGAAGUCAAGACACAAGAAUAUUUUUUAGAAGAUAUAAAAUGGUUUAAUUUCAUUAUUUACUAUUACAUUAAAUUUAUAACUUUAGUAAAAA